UCAGAGCGGCUCAGGUUGUCGCGGACUCCACAUUCCACGGGGUCGAGCUCCUCCUGUGCGUGUCCCUCUCUGAGAGAAGUAACCCUCUCACCGGCUGGCACCCCCGAACGCGCCCGCCCGUCCACACACACCCACACGAUUAUACACACAGGCCCACACGCACAAUACGCUUGUAUUGACACCACCCGAGUCCUUUUAAGCAACCGCCAACAUGUCUGACGACGAGGAGCAAUACUCCAGCGAGGAGGAGGUCGAGGAAGUGUAAGCAGCCGGAGAAGAAGACCGAGGGCAGAGCGUCCCAAAAGGAAUCCGGCGAGAAUAUCGAGUUUAUGAAGAGGCAAGAACAGAAGAGAAGUGAUCUCGACGAGCAGAUAAGAGAGUACAUAGCGGAAUGGCGGAAGCAGAGAGUCAAGGAGGAGGAGGAAUUGAAGAGAUUAAAGGAGAAACAAGCCAAGCGCAAGGUCACUCGCGCGGAGGAGGAGAAGAAAUUGGCGCAGAAGAAGAAGGAAGAGGAGGAGCGUCGUCAACGUGAAUUCGAGGAGAAGAAACAACGUGACAUCGAGGAGAAGAGAAGGCGCCUGGAGGAGUCGGAGAAGAAACGGCAGGCCAUGCUGCAAUCGAUGAAGGACCAGGCGACCAAGAAGGGCCCUAACUUCACCAUCACCAAGAAAGAAGAAGGUGAUCUUACACCGGCGCAAAUCGACCGUAGCAAGACGAAGGAGCAGAUCGAGGAAGAGAAGAGGAUUUCCCUGAGCAUCCGCAUCAAACCUCUAGAAAUCGAGGGUCUGUCAGCCGACAAACUCCGCGUCAAGGCGACCGAAUUAUGGGAGGCCAUAGUUAAACUCGAGACUGAAAAGUACGAUCUGGAGGAGCGGCAAAAGCGCCAGGAAUAUGACCUUAAAGAGCUGAAGGAACGUCAAAAGCAACAGCUGAGGCACAAAGCCUUGAAGAAGGGUCUCGAUCCCGAGGCUCUGACUGGCAAAUAUCCCCCGAAGAUCCAAGUCGCCUCGAAGUACGAGCGUCGCGUCGACACCAGGUCCUACGACGACAAGAAAAAACUUUUCGAGGGCGGUUAUGACACGAUCUUAGCGGAGACCAACGAGAAAAUGUGGAAAGAGAAAUCAGACCAGUUUAUGAAGCGCAACAAAACGAAGCUACCGAAGUGGUUCGGCGAGCGCCCGGGCAAGAAGGCCGGCGACCCCGAUUCACCGGAGGGCGAAGAAGACGUGAAGGUUGCGGCUGACGAGGAUCUCGCGGGGCCGCAAUUCGAAGAAGAAAUCGAAGAGGAGAUCGAAGAGGAGGAGGAGGAGGAAGAGGAAGAAGAGGAGGAGGAGGAGGAGGAAGAGGAGGAGGAGGAGGAGGAGGAAUAAAUCAUCUGAUUGCUUUCGGCGUGUGUACAUGGAUGUUAAGAAGCAUACUUCAAGCUCUCGAAGCGAUCAUCGCGCGAUCGCCAGUCGAAUCGUCGAAUGUGCCAGUGAUAGCGACGAUAGCGAAACAUCCUCAUGGCGGAAACCUUCGUUCCCGGAAGCCACUUCACCUUAUCAUCAUCUUCUUA